AUGAUUGAUAAAACAAAUAUUGUUGGUUAUGGAUUGCAAGAAGUGUCUGGUUUAAUUCAUUUUCCUGGCUAUAAUAAUAGGAGAGUAAUCAACAUGAUAGAAGCGUGGUCAGUGAUUCUGGCGCUGGUCGUAAGUUUGGCGACCUAUUACUACCUCAAAAAGAAACAAAGUUACUUCGAUGUGCGAGGAAUUCCACAUUACAAAGGACUCCCAGUACUUGGAACCAUGUGGAAAGCAGUAUUUCAACGUGUCACCUUCGCCGAGUCAAUUUUGGAACUGUAUAAUGUCAGAAAAGACGCGAAGUACGUUGGCUUCUACGAUUUCUUGACCCCUGCAAUCGCAAUACGAGACAUUGAGCUGGUGAAAAACAUCACCGUGAAGUAUUUCGAUCAUUUCCAAGACCAUGAAUCCAUCCAAUCGGAAGCAACGGAGCCUCUGUUCAGUAAGAAUCUCUUCGCCUUACGUGGCGAAAGAUGGAAAGAGGUGAGAACCUUGCUCAGUCCAGCGUUCACAUCCAGCAAGAUGAAGGCUAUGUACAAACUGAUGCACGAGUGCGCGGAACGUUACGGGGAUUUUUUGGCGACGAUACCUGAAGGAGAGAGGUGUCUCGAGUUGAAGGAUGUCUUCACGAGAUACACGAACGACGUGAUUGCCACCUGCGCCUUCGGUGUGAAUGUGGACUCAAUGGCUGAUCGGGAUAACAAGUUCUACUUAAACGGCAGAGAAGCCACUAGUUUCGGAAGAUUGAAGUCUCUCAAGUUCUUCAUAGUGCUCAACAUGCCGUAUCUCGCCCAUUUGCUCGGCAUAAAACUCAUCAGCCCGGUGAUUGACGAAUUCUUCAAGGACAUAGUAGCGUCUACCAUUAAGGCCAGGGACGAAAACGGAAUUGUUCGUCCGGAUAUGCUCCAGCUGAUGAUGGAUACCAGAGGUAAACUGGGCCCAGGAAAGGAGCUGACGAUAGAGGACAUGACCGCCCAAGCAUUUAUUUUCUUUUUCGGCGGGUUCGAGAGCACCUCGACACUGAUGUGCUUCGCUGCUUACGAGGUGGGAGUGAAUCCGGAGAUCCAGACACGACUGCAGGAAGAGAUCGACGAGGUUCUGGAGAACAGUAACGGCAAGGUGUCGUACGAAGCGAUCAACGAUAUGAAGUAUCUGGACGCUGUCGUAAACGAGGCUCUUAGGAUUCACCCGGUGGUUGUGGCUGUGGACAGAACCUGCACGAAACCAUUCGAGCUGCCACCAGCUUUGCCUGGGGGCAAGCCAUAUCAUAUGAAGAAGGGUGAGUACCUUUGGAUACCGAUUUAUGGGAUUCAGUACGACCCUCAACAUUUCGAGGAGCCGCAUAAGUUCAAUCCAGAUCGGUUCUUCGAUGAUCCGAAGAGGAUUAUGAACUCCGGUACGUUUUUGAGCUUCGGUAUGGGCCCGAGGAUGUGCAUCGGCAACAGGUUCGCCCUUAUGGAGGCCAAGGUGUUACUGUUCAAUGUGUUUGCUCGGUGCAAUCUGAAGCCUAACUCGAAAACCACCAUUCCGAUGGAGUUGAGCAAGAAAGGAUUCCAAAUGACGGCUAAGGAUGGAUUCUGGUUUGACGUCGAGCCUAGAAAAACAGUGUGUCCAGUUCUCGUGAAUUCCGUGUACAAUGCAAUAGCUGUUACAAUGCUGGGAUUGUAUUACUACUUCAACAGAGACCAAGAUCCUUUUAAGAAACACGGACUGCCCUUCAAAAGAUCAGUACCUGUGCUGGGCAGCUCUUGGUCAGCCAUGAUUUUUGUCAAAUCAUUCGCUGAAAUGGUACAAGAAAUAUACAACAUGAGUCCCGAGGCAAAAUACGUGGGACUGCAUCAUCGAAUGGCGCCUGUGAUCAUGAUUCGCGACCCAGAACUCAUAAAGUCAAUCGCGAUCAAGCACUUCGAUCACUUUUCGAAUCAUCGAAGCUUUGGAAACCCAGACAUCGAUCCAUUUUUCGCUAAGAACUUGUUAGUUCUUCAAGGAGAGAGGUGGAAGGAAGUCAGAGCUUUGUUGACUCCAGCCUUCACGUCUAGCAAGAUGAAGGCGAUGUCUAGCCUGAUGUUUGAGUGCGCAGCAACUGUUGGACGUCAUCUGGCAGCAUUGACGGAAGGACAAAUGGUAAUAGAGAUGAAAGACGUCUUCACCAGGUACACCAACGACGUUUUCGCGAGCUACGCCUUUGGGAUAAGCAUAGACUCUAUAACAGACAGGGAGAACAAGUUCUACGUUUUAGGAAGAGAGGCUCUGGACCUCCAUAGUGGCUCUAUCCUCAAAUUAACGAUGAUUAUAUUCUUCCCCAGAAUAUCGAAGUUGCUUGGUUUGAAAAUAAUCAGAAAAGAAGUGACAGAUUUCUUCGAGGAGGUAGUGUCGGCCAAUAUUAAGUCUAGGGAUGAGACAGGGGUCAGUCGUCCGGACUUGAUUCAGCUGAUGAUGGAGAGUAGGGGUAAACUGGGCCCAGGAAAAGAACUAACCAAUUUGGAUAUGGCUUCCCAAGCGUUUUCGGUCUACUUUGGCGGUUUCGAGACUACGUCCAGUCUUUUAUGCUUCGCUACUCAUGAAUUAGCAGUGAACCCUGAGUUCCAGAAAAUGUUGCAGGAGGAAAUUGACCAGGUCUUGAAGGAUUCUAAUGGCGAUGUCUCUUACGAAGCAAUCAAUAGGAUGGAGUGUCUUGACGCUGUGAUCAACGAGACUCUAAGAAUGUACCCGGUUAUACCCAUCACUGAUAGACAGUGUGUCAAACCGUUCGAAUUGCCUCCUGCUUUACCGGGAUUGAAGUCUUUCAGGAUGAAUAAGGGUUCUCAUGUCUGGCUACCGAUUUUUGGGAUCCAACGUGAUCCGAAAUAUUUCGACGAACCCCAGAAGUUCGAUCCUGGACGAUUCAUGGAUAAACAAGCGAAUGUUGCUAAUUCUGAUGCCUACUUGCCUUUUGGGUUAGGGCCUAGAAUAUGCAUCGGUAACCGGUUUGCGAUUCUGCAGAGUAAAGUUUCUCUGUUCCACAUUCUCGCCCGUUGCGAGCUGAAUGUUUGCUCGAAAACUUCGAUACCGAUGAAAUUUGGGAGAGGAGGAGCAUUCCUGAAGGCUGAGAACGGAUUUUGGUUGGAGAUCCAGCCGAGAAAUAAUCCACUAGUGUCUGUUACUAAUUGA